UGAAGUAUAUAGGGUAUCCGUGUGAUUGAAUUUUCGUCCUUAUCGCACAGCAAUAAAAUACAUUUUGCGCUUGUGUAAAAGUUUUCAAUGUGUUGGAUACAAGUACGUAGGGUAAAUAGCGCAGGAGCGCAAGUUUUCAUGCGCAGUGGAUUCCUCCUCGAUUUCCCUGGUCGAUCGUGGUUUUCCAUUUAGUUUUUCAGCUGAUCACGCUUUCUACAGCCGCAUAGCAGACCGUCCGUGUCGUGGGUCAUGUGCGAAACUGUCGCAGCGUUGUGAAAUCGCUGAGUGAUUGUGUUGUGUAGUUGUUUGAGUAGCUAGUGCCAGUGAAAAUGUUUUCAGGACUUACUAACCAGGUCAGCUCGUGGAUGGGGGCGGCUAAGGGCGAGCCCCAAGAUGAGGAAGUCCCGACCCCAACAAAAGAGGCGACCGUCGAAGCCGCGGUAGAAGGCGAAAAACAAAGCCCUACAAAAGGAGGUAGCAAGCUGGACCUCAUCACCAAUGUGAAGUCUCAGAUGACCGGGUGGCUUGGAUCUGGUAUCCCCAUUCCUGGACUGAGGAAAAAUGAGCCGGCCCCAGAAGCUGUCCCUGAAGCAGCACCCGUAGAGCCAGCCGAGGCUGCUGAACCAAAACCUGAGGGCAAAGAUGAUGAUGAUAAUUCUAGGUAUAAUAGCGCUACCGGCGGCGCGGAUAGCAGGCCAGCCUCCACUGGCGGCACCCCCACCGAGGAGCAGGGACCUGGCGGUGUCGGCAACGUUCCAGGUGGCCAGAGUAGAAACAUGUUUACAGAUGCUAUUGAAGUUCCUGAUAUGCAGGAGUUGACGACAAAGGCAGUAGCCGGGGCCAAGUCCCUGGGUAACUUCCUGUACUCUGCUGUCAACAAGGCUGGGGCUAAAGUGAGCGAGGCCAGCGCUAAGAUCAAGAAGACCGUCGAGGAAAACAAAAAUAAGACUAGCAUCCUGGGCGAGUUCAACCGUGAGCAGGACGCCUUCAUCAAGGGGCAGGAGGGUCGCGGCAGCGCGGCCGCCGUGCCCCCCUGGGUGGGCGCGCCCAACGAGCCCGCUCUCAAAGAGGAGUGCCUCUCGCUUUCCACUGACCGAAGGAACUUCGUGCGCGCACCGCCAGCGGGCGUUGAAUUUGAUUUUGAUUACGACAAGAUGUACCCGGUGGCUGUGGCCAUCAUGGGCGAGGACCCCAACCUCGAGAAGAUGCGCUUCGAUCUCGUGCCAAAAGUUAUCACGGAGGAGAACUUCUGGCGGAACUAUUUCUACCGCAUGUCGCUGAUCUGCCAGGCCAACGAGGCGGACGCGGCUGCCGGCCGCCAGAGCAGCGCCGACGACUCCCAGGCUUAAGGACGUCUCGACUAACCACAGCACACAAUAUUAUACACUGUUCUAUAUAUUAUCCUACAUAUUAUAAUCUAGUAUAUCUAGCGUAUUUUCAAAAAUUAUCCUUCUUAGUGGAAAUUUCAGAAUAUUUCCACACAAUCUGUAAGUAUGGUUAAAUGAAUGUUUGGAUCCAUCUGCAGACUUGUCUGGUAGGUAAUGUAUAGAACAGUCGAUGUCUAGUCGGUACGAUGCUUGCAUCAAUGGAUGUACUAUGCUAUUUUCAUGAGAAUUGUUUCUAUCUUGAUAAAAUAAUGCCAUCACGAUCUAGGUAGCGGAUAUGCACAUGUAACGUUAGAUAACAUUGGUUAAACUUCACGCACCUAGCUGUAACUAUACGGAACCUCACUUGUUUACCUUCUCUCCGAGUCUUGCCGAUACGUUUAUGGUUUGCUGUGGUGUGCUGUUCGCUUGGCCCCGGUCAUGGCAUUAUUGUGUCGAGCCCACAUCACUGUUAAUCCUCUCACACUUUAUAUAUAUUAUUUCAAGCGUUAUUACUUAUAUAGAAUUUAUCGCUGUUUGCAUUUUUAUUUGAACUAUAAAUGAUAUAUCACUGUGUCAUAUCUUCAUCCUUGUUGUUAUCUCGUGUGUCGUAUAUAUACAAAAUGAAUGUUAUAUGACAAUAUAGCUUUUCUGUCCUCUGAAUGGGGACUAUAAUAACUGUAUAUAUAACCAUGUCUUUGUUUAUAACCUGUUGUAUGUCACUGGUAGCACAUUGGUCUGUAUCUCAAUAGCUAACGACACCGGUACCAAGUCUCCGGACGCAGUACACGGUUCUGCUGUUGACGUAGAGACCACUACGGUUGAAUUGUAUACUUAUCUAUAAAAAUCAAAUAAAACCUUCUCAGUGGAACCUAUUUUAAUGUCUACUAAAUGUUAUAUAUGUCUAAGUACGAUUAAGGUUAUAUAGCUGAUAAUAUCACACAGUUCAUUAAAUUCGGCUCAGUAGCGUUAACUGUAAGUAUUUAUUGUUCAGGUUUUGACAUUGCUACUUGUGUAUGAACCCUGUUACUUGUGCUGUAUGGUCUAUAAUUGCUUGUUUGUCUUGUGGUUUUAUUUAUAUAUUUGCUUACGUAUUUCUCAAAGUUGGUCGUUACCCUUUGGCGUUUGUUUUGACACUGGCUUUGUUUGCGCCGUAGCAAUGUUGAAACUUUAAUCUAUUUGUACAUAAACUUGUGUUGUCAGCCUGUUAGAGAUCUAUCGUCGUUUUUUAAAUGAUUUUACGAAAAUUGUUGAACGUGCAAACGACAAUCUACCUUGCUGUACUUGAAAUAAAAACUAAACCAGCAAGAAUGAAUCGUGAUUUUAUUGAGGAAAAUGUUUAACGUGGGAAAUGGGGUUAUCAUCUGUAAUGGAUACUGAUAUUGUUGUUUGUACGACGCAGACCUCCACAGCCGCGACAUAUCACUUAUGGGUGACAGUCAAUUAACAAAUCGAUGUGAACUGCCUUUCGAUCUUCAUAAAUAUUUGGAACCUUUACUGACAACACAAAUCUCCCCACGUUUGUUUUGUAAUUAUUUACAAUUAGCGUUAGGUCUAUAUUAAUCAGGAGAAUAAUCCAAUGUUAUAAAGUUGUGUAGAACUAGGUGGAACUAAU